UCUCUGCGAUGCUAUCUGCGACUCGUCGCCACAUUAGCCCACCCACCGUGAAUCAACACGAACACGCGCCAGCACGCGCGCACGCACAGCCUCUUCUUCUUCCUCUCUCUCCCUCUCUCUCGCGCGAUAUAACAACAGCAACCACCUGGUCCUUAAUGCCGAUCUCGUGACGGAAAUGGAAUCCACCGGCUUCGGCCACCGCCGAUCUCCGUCCGGCGAUCGCUUGCUCGGCGUCUUCCCAUUCUCGCCGACUCCCGAUUCCGCCUUCCCCGGAGGCGGCGAGCUCAACGAGGCCGAGGUCUGCUUCUCCGGCGACUUCCCAGAGCCGAGGACCCGCCAUCGAUCGGCGCUCUUCUCCUCCGACGCGGCCCUCUGGGCCGGCGGCAGCAACAACCGCCAUCUGUUCUCCCGGCAGCUCCAGGGCAACGGCAUCCUCGCCGCGCUGCCCGGGGGAGCGGGGCCGCCGAACGUCGUGAUCCCCUCCAUUUCGUCGUCCCCGUCGAAGCCGAUCCCGCCGUCGGUGCCGAGGCGGCACCCGGCGGCCCAGGAGAGGGAGUACUCGCAGUCGAUGCCGUGCAGGAAGUUCCAGCAGUCGUCAGCCCCGAUGAACGUCCCCGUCCCCUUGUCGGCGAUGUCGAAGCAGGGGAAGAACAGGUUCUUCGAGGUGGACAACGAUUUUGAGGACGACGAGAUGCUUCCGCCUCACGAGAUCGUGGCUAGGGGAUCGGGCAUGUCGCCGAGGACGACUUUCUCUGUGCUUGAAGGUGCUGGGAGGACUUUGAAGGGGAGGGAUUUGCGGCAGGUGAGGAAUGCCAUUUGGCGCCAAACUGGGUUCCUCGAUUGACGCCACUGAAAUUGAAUCCUAUCGUAUGUGGAGAUGAUACUUUUUGUUGCCUUGGGCGUAUAGGACUUGGUUUAUGAUGAGUAUGAUUUUGUUGAUAAAAACAAUCGUGUAAAGGGUUAGUGAAAAGGGGUAAUUUAAUGGCGUAUGGCCAAUAUCUAUGUUGACUCUGUAACUUUUGGCGGUGAAAAAGCUUGAUUUUAGCCAGUUCUGCGUGGUUUUUUCUGAUGACAGUGUUUAGCAUCAUUCAGUCUCAGUACAAGUUGUCCGCGGUAUAAUUUGGUAGGUCUCUGUUAAUACUUGAGGCUCAAUGUACAAUGUUUCUCCAG